UCUGAGUACCACUAUGAGUACACAGCGUGCGACAGCGCGGGCGCGCGGUGGAGGGUGGCGGUGCCCCACACACCGGGACUCUGCACCGGGCUGCCGGACCCCGUCAAGGGCACCGAGUGCUCUUUCUCCUGCAAGGCGGGCGAGUUCCUCGACAUGAAGGCGCAGGCGUGCAAGCCCUGUGCUGAGGGCACCUACUCCCUGGGCACCGGAGUGCGAUUCGACGAGUGGGACGAGCUGCCCCACGGCUUCGCCAACGUCGCCGCCAACCUGGAGCUGGACGACGGCUUCAGCGACGUGGUGGAGAACUGCACCACGUCCACGUGGGUGCCGCUGGGGGACUACAUCGCCUCCAACACGGACGAGUGCACGGCCACGCUGAUGUACGCCGUCAGCCUGAAGCAGUCGGGCACCGUCUCCUUUGAGUACAUCUACCCCGACAGCAGCAUCGUCUUUGAGUUCUUUGUGCAGAACGACCAGUGCCAGCCCACGGUGGAGGAGUCGCGUUGGAUGCGCACCACGGAGAAGGGCUGGGAGUUCCACAGUGUGGAGCUGAGCCGUGGUAACAACGUGCUCUACUGGAGGACCACGGCGUUCUCCGUCUGGUCCAAGGUCCCCAAGCCCGUGCUGGUGCGGAACAUCGGGAUCACAGGGGUCGCCUACACCUCCGAGUGCUUCCCCUGCAAACCCGGCACCUUCGCCGCCGCCGCCGGCUCCUCCUCCUGCCAGCUGUGCCCCGCCAACAGCUUCUCCAGCAAAGGGGCCACUGCCUGCCAGCCCUGCGAGCCCACCGCCUAUGCAGAGCCCGGCUCAGCAUCCUGCAAGGUGCGCCCGCCCUGCACUGACAAGGAUUAUUUCUACACACACACGGCAUGCGAUGCCAACGGGGAGACGCAGCUGAUGUUCAAGUGGGCAGAGCCAAAGAUCUGCAGCGAAGUGCUGCCCCACGCUGCCCAGCUGCCCCCCUCGGGGCUGAAGACCCGCUGCCCCCCCUGCAACCCCGGCUUCUACAAAAGCAACAGCAGCUCCUGUGAGCCCUGUCCUUACGGCUCCUACUCCAAUGGCUCUGGCUGCAUUCACUGCCCAGCCGGCACCGAGCCGGUGCUGGGGCUGGAGUACAAGUGGUGGAACGUGCUGCCCCCGAACAUGGAGACCACCGUGCUCAGCGGCGUCAACUUCGAGUACAAGGGGAUGGCAGGCUGGGAGGUGGCCGGGGAUUACAUCUACACAGCGGCGGGAGCCUCUGACAACGACUUCAUGAUCCUGACGCUGCUGGUGCCCGGCUUCAGCCCCCCACAGUCGGCGCUGGAGGAUGGGGACGGCAAGGAGGUGGCGCGGAUCACCUUUGUCUUCGAGACGGUCUGCAGCGUCAGCUGUGAGCUGUACUUCAUGGUGGGCAUCAACUCACGCACCAACACGCCGGUGGAGACGUGGACGGGGCCCCGGGGGAAGCAGUCCUACACUUACGUGGUGGAGAAAAACGCCACCACCAGCUUCACGUGGGCCUUCCAGCGCACGCGGUACCGCGAGGCGGGCCGGCGUUACACCAGUGAUGUGGCCAAGCUCUACUCCGUCAACGUCACCAACGUGCUGGGGGGGGUGGCUUCCUUCUGCCGCCGCUGUGCCAGCGCUGGGGGGCCCUGUGCCCCCUGCCCCCCCGGGCACACCCUGGACCACAGCACCGGCUCCUGCCAGCCCUGUCCCCCCGGCACCUUCCUGCGGGGACGCCCACCUGACGGCCCCCCCGCCUGCCAACCCUGUGGCCCCGGCACCCGCAGCAACCAGAUCCGCUCCCUCUGCUACAGUGACUGCACCUUCUCCCUGGCGCUGCCCGGCCGCACGCUGCACUACGACUUCUCAGCUCUGUCUGCCAGCACCGCCUUCACCAGCGGCCCCAGCUUCACCUCCAAAGGCCUCAAAUACUUCCAUCACUUCAACAUCAGCCUCUGCGGCAACCACGGCAGGAAGGCCGCCUCGUGCACGGACAACGUGACGGACGCGCGGCUCCCCGACGAGGGCGGCUCCGGCCGGGUGGUGACGUCCCACGUGUGCCAGGCCAUCGUGGUGCCGUCUGAUGUCGUCGGCCACCGCGCCGCCGUGUCCUCGCAGCCCGUCAGCCUGGCGGACCGCCUGCUGGGCGUCACCGUGAGCUCCGCGCUGGACGGCGUCGCCGCGCCCCCCGAGCUGUUCCCCCCCGCCGGCCCCGAGCUGCCCGACAUCGUUUUCUUCUUCAGGUCCAGCGAGGUGACGCAGUCCUGCGCCGGGGGCCGGGCCACCACCAUCCGCCUACGCUGCGACCCGCUGCGGCCCGGCACCGGCGGCCUGGCUGUGCCCAGCAAAUGCCCCGAAGGCACCUGCGAUGGCUGCGUUUUCCACCUCCUGUGGGCGACGGCCGAGGGCUGCCCGCGCUGCUCCGCCAACCAUUUCCGUGCCAUCGUGGGCGCGUGCCAGGGCGGCGUGCAGGUAGGGGGGAGUGCGGGGACGGCGGGGACAGCGGGGGCGCGAUGUCACGGGGGGCAGCGCCUGCCCCCCCCCCGGGUCCGCCCGUGCCGCAGCGCUGAGUUCUGGCUGAAGGUGGGCGUCUCGGUGGGGACGUGCGUGGCCGUGCUGCUGGCUGCUCUAGCCGCCUACUUCUGGAAGAAGAACCGAAAGUUGGAGUACAAGUACUCACGGCUGGUGCUGAACGCGGCGGCCAAGGAGAGCGAGCUGCCGGCACCGGAUAGCUGUGCCAUCAUGGAGGGAGAGGACGGUGAGGACGAGCUCAUCUUCACCAGCAAGAAGUCCCUGCUGGGCAAGAUCCGCUGCCUGGCCACCAAGCGCACCCCAGACGGCUUUGACUCCGUCCCCCUGAAGCCAUCGUCUGGUGGCACCGACCUGGAGCUGUGAGGGGGCCGUCCCACCCCCCACCCCGUGGCCUUAAGGACCCACAGAGCCCCGGGGCACUUUUGUCUCCCCCCACCCUUGGGAAAAGCCAAAAAUGCCAAAUACAGACGUGGGGGUCAGGAGCACCCCCAGCCCGGCACGGGGACGUGGGGGGGGGGGGGACGGCCCUAUGUGUCGUGUUGGGGGCACAUGUGUGGGGCAGAAGUGUGCAUGGGGGGGGUUGCACGAGUGUGCACACAUGUGCAAGCUGCUGGCCCCUCGUGUCCUGCUUGGGGCACGGCAGGGAACGCCUGGUGGCCACGUCACACCACGUCACUGUCCCCCCACGCCGUGUCACCCCAUGCCAUCCCAGCUGUGCCACAGCCCCAUGCCAGCCCCACUCCCCCCCAGGCUGCCUUUCCCCCUGCCAGGAUGCCCCCAUUGAGGUGAUGCUGCCCCACAGUGGGUCCCCCUGCGGCCGUCCCCACAGCAGUGCCCCGUGUCCCCCACCCCAUGGCUCCAUCCCCCCUUUUUACAGCGAUCUCAGCGUUUUCUAGGCAGCACCAGGCAGCCCCCCAUGCCCUGGCUGUGCAAUAAAGGUGAUGUUUCUGA